AUGACAGAAAUACUACACAAUGCCCCCAUUGUCCUGGACAAUGGUUCAGGAACCAUCCGCGCUGGAUUCGCUGGUGAUGAUCUGCCAAAGUGCUUCUUCCCCUCGUGGGUUGGCCGACCAAAGCAUCUUAGAGUGCUGGCUGGCGCUCUAGAAGGAGAUGUGUUUAUUGGUCAAAAGGCUGCUAGUGAGCUGAGAGGCCUGCUCAAGAUUCAUUAUCCUUUAGAGCAUGGGAUUGUUACAGAUUGGGACGACAUGGAACGGAUAUGGGAAUAUGUGUACGGCGAGGGCCUGAAGACUCUAAGCGAAGAGCAUCCUGUUUUGUUGACUGAGCCCCCUUUGAAUCCUCGAAGCAACCGGGAUACCGCUGCGCAGAUCCUUUUCGAAACGUUCAACGUUCCUGCCUUGCACACAUCGAUUCAAGCAAUAUUGUCAUUAUAUGCCAGCGGCCGAACGACUGGAAUCGUGCUGGACGCAGGCGACGGCGUGUCACAUGCAGUUCCGGUGUACGAAGGCUUUGCCAUGCCGAGCAGCAUCCGGCGAAUCGAUGUAGCUGGACGUGAUGUGACGGAGCACCUGCAAACACUGUUACGGAAGAGUGGUUACGUCUUCCACACGAGUGCAGAGAAGGAAGUGGUGAGACUGAUCAAGGAGAGCGUGUCAUAUGUGGCGCUGGACCCGAGAAAAGAGGAGAGGGACUGGAUUGGCGUGAAGCCGAAUGAGAGCAAGUUUGCAGAGUACGUGUUGCCGGAUGGACACAAGCUGAAGAUUGGUCAAGAGCGAUUCCGGGCGCCGGAGAUCUUGUUCGACCCCGAGCUCAUCGGCCUCGAGUAUCCCGGCGUACACCAAAUCGUAGUUGAUGCCAUCAACAGGACAGAUUUGGACCUGCGAAAAUCGUUGUACGGCAACAUUGUGUUGUCGGGCGGCAGCACGAUGAUCAAGGGCUUUGGAGACAGGUUGCUUACGGAGCUGCAGAAGCUGGCAGUUAAGGACAUGAGGAUCAAGAUUUUUGCACCGCCGGAGCGAAAGUACUCGACGUGGAUUGGUGGCAGUAUUCUUGCUGGGCUGAGUACAUUCCGCAAGAUGUGGGUGAGCGUUGACGACUGGCACGAGAAUCCGGAUAUUAUUCACACCAAGUUUACUUGA